CGAGUAAUCCUGCGCACAGACAGGCGAGGAAGCAUAGGGGAGGUGGGGGGUAAAGAAGACCAAAAAUUGCUGCUGCUGAAUGGAGCCAUACAACAGUGACAGUGUGAUGGAAGGAAAAGACCAGGAGGACUGAUUUUUACUCCACUUCAAGUCCAGGUUUCAUCUAUUUUUUCUCCACUCGGGUAAAUCAAGAGUCAGACACCAUGAACGCUGUUGGCGAGAUAACUUUACCUGCAGCUUAAAUAUUUGAUAUUGCUGAAUGAGAUGAAGCCUGCUCCUUGAAUGCACAAGUACCUCGGACAGCGUCGCUAUAGUGGCAAUACUACAGAUUCUCCACUGAAGGGCAGCAGGAGUCUCUCAUAUCCCUGCAUUUGUUCCUAAUUGCCAUUUAUUGAGGAAUAGCCAGAAGAACAUAAAAUGUUUUCAGAUUUGCAUCCAUGAUUUGUGCAUGUUUUAUAAAAUUACACUAUUGCCUCAGUUCAUUUGCCUAGAAGUAUUUUUAUUCUAUUUUUUUAACAGAGGUUUUGAUAUGAUGCUCAGCGGUGAUCAUCAGGAGUCUGAUCUCCCCUGGGGACACACGGACACCCUUCUGGACUCCCUCGGUGCGCAGUGUGGGUCCAUGCCGGUUGGAACCCAGGAUGGAGAGGCUAAAGCGCGUUCCAGGGAGGAGAAGAGGCGCAAGAGGCGAGCCACAGCUAAAUAUCGAUCUGCGCAUGCCACCAGGGAACGGGUUCGUGUCGUAGCCUUCAACCUGGCCUUUGCAGAACUAAGGAAACUGCUCCCAACGCUCCCGCCAGACAAAAAGUUGUCCAAGAUUGAAAUCUUGCGACUCGCGAUUUGUUACAUCUCAUAUCUCGAUCACGUGCUGGACGUUUAGGACAAGUGUGACAGUGCGUAACCAGCCACUAAAGAACAAGAGAUUUGGGGAAUCCCUGGUCUGUAUCCUAAUGGAAUACCACGCUGACAUUAUUAUUGCAUGACGCUGUUUCAUUAUGAGGAUGAGCUGCAGGACAGGAGACUUAACUUCCGUAAAACGACUCGAAGAAUGGAAAAUGCUUUGGGACCUUCUCUAUACACAUAUUGCAUUCUGUAUAUCAUUCACUAACUUAUGGAGCACUAUCGUGCUUGGGGUUAGUUUUUAUUCCACCAAGUUGUAGAGAUACUUAUAUAAUAUAAUAUGUAACUGUAAAACACUUGUGUGUUCUGUG